CCUGUCACCACUGUACCGACCAAGGUGUGGUAAGCCACCAACCAAGUGGAUUAAAAUCUUUGAUUCUGAAAUUGGUUAUCUUGAUGAAAUAUUGCGAAUUCAGUGCUUCAGCGCAUUUGUCCUCCCAUUCCAAGCCGCAUUCCAGAACAGCCUGUACAAAUGUUUGCACAUGCCAAACUGUCCACUUAAGGGAGUUGUUACCAUACCCUCCCAUUUGUGUACGCAUUAUGCGAACACACGGGAGCAAUUGAAAAUCAGGAAAACAGACAAUCAUACUUCCCCGAAAGCCCGCAACGCUCAUUGUCUAAAUAGUAGAGCGCGAGCAAAGAAGAAGCAAAGCUCUCUGCUGAGCUGCAGUUCUUAACUUCCACGUUUUUGUGGCCAGCAAAUACACGAAUCUAUGUACCUCCCUCCAAACACUCGUUCAAUCUAUGGCUGGGUGGGUUGAACGACUCGGCGGUGAGACACCCUGUUGAAGCCAGCUGGAAAGAUCGCAUCUCGUUUCCGUACCACACAUAGGUACGUGAAGAAGACACUGGAAAUGGCCGUCCAUAACCCGCGGUGCGGCGGCUUUGUUUGCGAUGGCGUGUCAGCAAUUUUUCGGAACCCAAAGAACCCAACAAUCAAAGUCCAACGACCAUCCAAUAAACGCUGACCAGAAGACUCACAGAAUCUGUCGUGCGGUAUCCUCAUGGAGCGCUUUCUACUACUGUUGCUGUUCGUGGCGAUCGUGCUCGGUGAACCAGCGAACGAAACCUACGUCACCAAGUACGAUAACAUCGAUCUGGAGGAAAUUUUCAGCAGCAAACGUUUGAUGGAUAACUACAUGAACUGUCUGAAAAACGUUGGUCCUUGUACGCCCGACGGCCGAGAGCUGAAAGACAACCUUCCCGAUGCGCUGAUGAGCGAUUGCGUGAAAUGCUCCGAAAAGCAACGGAUCGGCUCGGACAAGGUGAUCAAGUUCAUCGUCGCCAACCGGCCGGACGAUUUCGCGAUCCUCGAGCAGCUGUACGAUCCGACCGGCGAGUACCGGCGGAAGUACAUGCAGUCGGACGCGCUGGCCGAGCACGUGAAGCAGGAAGACAGCGACUUAUCGUCGAGCGGCGACGGCGACGCAGACACUGAGACCGAAGCCCACGCAACCGAGCAUAACUCUCAAGAUCAUGACCACCGUGAAGGACAGUCGGAUGCGGAGUGAAAAUUGAAGCACAAACGCCACCAUGUACUGCAAUUGUGUGUAAUAAAAAUCACAUUCGCUUCAUAGCGUCA